UGUUUUCUUCUCACCACUUCCCCGUUCUGAAUCCAUAAAUACGGUUCAAAUAAACUUCAAUCUCCAACUCAAAUUUCAAGAACAUCUUCAUUCAAGUACUACACUUUCCAUCGAGCGGAAAUUUUUUCGAAACUAAAAAUGGGAAUCAGACUACCUUCACUUCUCCUCAAUGCCAAGCAAGCUGUCAAAAUGCAUACCGCUUCUUCCAGAAACCGGUGUGGCGUUCCCAAAGGCCAUAUUGCAGUUUAUGUGGGAGAUAUGGAGAGAAAGAGAUUUGUAGUUCCAAUAGCAUACCUAAACCAUCCUUCUUUUUCUGCUUUGCUCAACCGUGCAGAAGAAGAAUUUGGAUUUAAACAUCCAACUGGAGGUCUUACAAUUCCUUGCAGAGAAGAUGUCUUCAUCAAUCUCACAUCCAGGCUGCAAUCUUGCUGAAAGAGAGAAGAAAAACAAUCCUCCACACAAUUUUGUCAGAUUCCCUUCGAUUUUUUCCCAUAGUUUAGUGUAGAACAUCAAUGUAGAGUUAACUUCUAUAUGUAAAUGAUGAGUAGCGGAAAAGAGAUACAAAACUGAAAUAGACAGUCACAUUGUCUUGCAAGAACACUGUACCUCUUCAUGAAUUUUAUUCACCUGAAUUCGUUGGGUUUUUUC